AUGUCGGCGAACGGGGACGUUGGCCAUGACUCUGUAUCAGUCACCAAGAAGUCGUCAUCUCUGCCAUCGACACCACAGCCUUCAUCGUUCCCAGACUCGUUGCAUUCUGCGAAACGUCGACGGACAAACAAGAGUCUGAAUGGGGACGACCAAUUCAUCCACAUGAAUGGCAACAACGAAGGCAGCAAUGUUGGAUACAUUGCUGACGAAUCCUUGCCAACUUCGGUCUCCGAUAGCAAUGACCGCAGGGAGCCUCUUCAUGCAGAACGGGCCCCGAAGAAUGGCGGGUUGAAAGCGAUUCAGGACACUGGCGAAGUUUCAUCUUCAAAGGUAAAUCGUGGUAGUCGCAUGUCUAACGAGACCUCUAAGAGGAUACUGAAGCUGAAGACUGGGUCUGGAACCUCUCAGCCAACGAUUCAGACCUUUAUUUUCAAGGCCUCUCGUGAUCCGCGGGCUUCCCUACCUGCGAGGAGCGCAUCUGAUGGCCCUAAAACUCCUGGUCUACCCACGCUCUUGCCCAGGAAAGAAGACGCCAGGUCUGGGUCCACCCAGACCGUGCGAUCUGAACCUGGAAAUCAUGCGGCUGGGUUGGACGGUGGUCACUCGUCAACUACAGUUGACUCCAAGUCAUCAUCCGCUCGUGGUGGCCGCAGAUCCACGAUCACUGGAACAGACAGCAAAAAAGGGUCUGGGAAAACGAUUAAAUUUAAAAAUUACUUCCAGACACCAACACCUAAUAAUCGCAGCGCUCGAAAGUCCGCACGAAUCGACCAACUUCAAGACUCAGCCACUUCACUAACCCCUUCUCAGGGAGCUGCUACCCGCCCCCAAAGUGGAAGCAACAUCCCUAAGGGAUCUGAAAAUGCUGGUUCCCAGGUGCCCAAACCCGACAAUCAGACAGAGUCUACUCUGCGUACGCCGACCUCUCAUCCUGUUGGAAACGAGGAUGCAACUGCGCCAGCUGGUUCUACCCCAGCUGGAGGCCCUGAGACGAACGUCUCGUCCACAAACGAGUCGUCAAAUUCGGUUCAGAGAAGGAGCACUCGGAUCCGCAAGUCAGUCGGAAACGGUUUUAGUGACGUGGCAAAGCAGGAGGAAAUGUCUAGUUCUGCGAAACGCUCUGUUCCUGACAAGCCGAAAUCGGCCAAGAAGGGACAACGAGCCCCGAAAGAUACGGCAUCUUCUGGCGUCUCCACUCCUCGUUCAUUGUCCACGCCCCCAAAGACGCCUGUUCCUGCUGGCGAAGGUAACGGGAACGAUGGCCAAGCCUCUAGCAAGCAGGGAGAGUCGAAUGAUAACUCUCUCACUCCGUCACCUGAGAGUCUCUUAACGACUGCUCGAAUAUCAGGCCGGCUCCGAAAACCUACGCUGCAGGCAAUAGAGGCCUUGCAACAGAAGCCCAAGACCCGCAAACGAAAGCUGGACUCGGAUCAGAAUCCACCGUCGACUGCCGAGUCAUCUAGUAGUCUAGUUGAAGGACAGCAGAGUCAGGAUACCUCGGUCUCUGCUACCCCAGCUCAGCAGUCCCUGGCGUCCACCCCUGGGCCUGAAGCCUUGCCCAAUGGAGAUUCAUCUUCCCAGGAUUCAUCUUCCCAAACAGAAGAGGAAUUCCUUGCCAAACAACUCUACGAGCUAGCGUGCGCCGCGGCUUCUGAUGCUGAUCAGGACAAUGACGAGGAUAUCGAUCUCGAUAAACUUCGUGAGGAAUUCCUUGCUGAACGCCAAAAGACUGGCCAGGCAGGCUCGAACAGUGAGGCCCCUUCUAAUCCCUCUCAAACGGAGCAAUCUGUGGAGCCACCUACGGGACAGCCUACAGAACAGCAUACGGAGCAGUCUACGGAGCAGUCUAGGGAACAAUCCACGGAGCGACCUACAGAACAGCCUGCUGAACAGUCUGCCGAACAGCCCAUGGAGCAGCCCUCGGAUCAGCCGGCGGAAAAGCCUGCGGAGAAGCCUGAGGUGCAACCUGCGGAGCAGCCUCCGGAGCAGCCUGUCGAGCAGUCAGUCCCAGCGGCACCCGCAAACCUUGAUCACCCGAACGAGCCGCGACCUUGGACAGAUAGCGAUGGAUGGACGCACACCGGUCGUGUCAAUGAGCAUGGAGAGGAGAUUGUUAUGGUUCCCGAUACUUAUGUCUGGGUCCGGCCAGUUACCAAUUACGGCGAUGUUUGCCUCCCGCCGCCGCCUCCUCAGGUGAAGUCUCGUCAGCAGGUUGAGAGGGAUCAAAUCUUCGGUUUCCCGCCCUUUCUUGGGCAACGAAACCUUCCCCGGCCGGGACCUCGGAAGUUUGUUCGGGAAGAUGUGAGAACCGAAACUGCGAAGAUCAAAGCUCGAGAGGCAGCGGCGCAAAAGGGUCUGUCUAUAAAUCGAUCGAUGUCGCUCAGCGACAUCCAGGCCAAAAUCCGGGAGCACGACCACCCGGGGUCUUCGAAAAGGAAGCGUCCCAGCUUGAGACUCGUCCUAGUCGAUUCUCGAGAGCUUACCCAGAACAAUGUCGGCCUCAGGUCCGAGGGCUUGCGGAAAAGACGUCAGAGCGCUCCGGCCACCAUUGAGGCGAGUCGAGGACAAAACGAGACACCCAGCUCUCGAAAACGCCAGCUGGAUGGCGCUUCUGCGGGGAAGUCUGCGGAACCCAGUCCAGCAGACGUCCAGCCCAGGAAGAAGCGCCGCUCGACUCUAGACCCUGAAGAGAAGACGCCGAGCCGACAGAAAAGGCAGUCUCUUGGAAAAGCAAGUAACACCGUGGAGCGAGUUGCCAAGACAUCUGGUUCAAACAAAGCUACGCCUAAAGACCGCCGUCAUUCCGCCGUGAGGGCGAUUCAAAGUGAGAAAGUCAGCAAAACCAAAGCUGCCAGCUUCACCCCAGCGAGCGCAAAACAGAAGAGCGGGGAAGACCCCGCGAGAGCGGUCGGAUCUCCCAGUGAGCAGGGACGACCAAGACGGCGAGCUGCGGCGGCGCUCAUGGCCCAGUUUCAAAGCCAGAGUGACUCCAAGGCGCACCGGGCAAGCUCGGGGCUCAAGCAUUCCAAGAGCACGACGAAUUUAGUAACCAAACGCCAUUCGAAGGGCAAUGCCGAUGCUGAGGCCAGCAACGCCCGCACGACAUAG